CCCCGCAGCGUCUUCCGCACAACCUACACGGCUGUGUCUGAGCCUGGCCUGGGGCUGCCCCAGUUCACGGCUGCGGCGUAUGUGGGCGACCUGCCCAUCGCUCGCUACGACAGCGACACGGGGAAGGUCUGGAAUUAGGCCAAGUGGAUGGAGAAGUUGCUGGAAGUGCAUCCUGAGUACCAGCGCAAGUAUGAGGAGAUGCUGCAGUGGGAUGAGGCCGACUUCACAGCUGGGCUGAGGGCUGUGCAGGCCACCCACAACCAGAGCGCAGGAUUGCACACCUGGCAGAUGAUGGCCGGCUGCGAGGUGGGCCUGGAUAGGCCAAGAGGGCGGUACUUGCGGUUCGGCUACGACGGGAGCACCUACCUCAGCCUCGAGGUGGAGACCCUCACCUGGACGGCAGCUGAUGCCAUGGCCCAAAAAAUGAAGAGGAGCUGGGAGGCAAACCCCAGCAUCACCCAGCGCUUCCGGGCCUACGUGGAGAAGACCUGCGCAGAGUGGUCCCAGGCCAGGCUGGAUCAUGGCGAGGAGGGACUGGGAAGGAGAGAGCCCCCAAAAGUGACGGUGGCCGGAAGGGCAGGCCAGGACGACACGGAGACCCUCAUCUGCCGGGACCACGGCUUCUACCCCCGAGAGAUCGACAUGGCCUGGACCAGGGACGGGGAGGUCUGGCUGCAGGACGCCUCCCAUGGGGUCCUGGCCCCGAACUCAGAUGGGACUUUCUAUGCCUGGCUCAGUGUCAGACUCGACCCCUGGGACAGGGAGUGCUUCCUGUGUCGCGUGGAGCAUGACGCCUUGCAGACUCCGGUGGAACUAGCCUGGGAGGAGCCUGAGUCCCUUCCAACGUACAACCUCGGCCGCCUUAUCUGGCCCACCAUAGGGGUCCUCGCAGUGCUCCUGGGAAUAGUGGUUGCUGUGUUAUCCCUCAAGGCGCUUCGAGGUGCCUACGGACCAGCAUCGGAGAAAAUUCAAGGCAGCUACAGAGCCACAAAACAGCGUCUUCAAGAGUUUUAUGAAGAAGUAAGAGAGCGUCUUCAAGAGGGUUAUGAAGAAGCAAGAGGUGAGUGUCGCCUCCCUGGUCGCAUGCCAGCUCCACCGCCAGGCUGGCCGCCCUUCGGCGCUGCCUCUUUGUCCCUUUGCAGAGAUCCUUCAAGAGAGUUCCGAAGAAGCCAAAGGUGCGUGUUGUCUCCCUCCUUGUGUCUUUCUGCAAACACGGGGCAGGCGUCCUCUGUGUGGGGAUGGAGGUGGUGGGAGGGGCAAGAGGGGGUGCAGGCGACCUCCCUCCUCAAUGCAGCGCUGCAGGAGAGAAUCGUGCCCCUGGGCCUGCUCUGCCCCUGCCGGAAUAACGGGCCCCCUCCGAGCGGCAGGCUGCUGCUCAUGGGAAAACACCGGGAAGGCCCAGAGGGAGGCAAAUGA